AUGUGGGGAUCGUCAAUCUUGCCGAUCGCGGCCUUAGCUGCUCUGCCAUAUGGCAAUGCCAUCACGCUACACAAGCGGGAUGAACCUGCGAUCUUUGGGCUCCCAAUUGCCCAAGGUGAGCGGUCUCACGCGUUGGUGAAACGCGAUUCCAAAGUCGCCAGCACGGCACUCUACAAUGUGCUAAAUUUCUAUUAUAUGGUGAACAUCACCAUCGGCACCCCGGCUCAGAAUCUCUCCCUCAGCCUCGAUACCGGUAGCAGUGACAUCUGGGUUAACGUCCCAACUUCCACCUACUGCGCGGCAGAUGAUGAUCCCUGCUCUUCGACCGGCUUAUUCAAUAUUAAAGACUCCUCAACGCUCAAAACGCUAGAUUAUGACAUGAAUGCUACUUAUGUCAGUGGCUUUUUGGCUGCGGGCCCCUACGUUACUGACCAGCUGGUGAUCGGAGACGCUGCGGUAAAGGAUAUGGAGUUUGCGUUGGCCAACGAGAGUAGAAAUCCUCAUGGGAUUCUGGGAAUCGGAUAUGCGUCAGGGACUUAUGCGGCUGGCCGUCUCGGCAAGGAAUACGCCAACCUCCCGAAAGCACUGGUCAAAAGCGGUGCUAUCAAAUCACCUGCCUAUAGCCUAUGGCUAAACAAAUUUGAUGGCACAGGGAACCUUCUCUUCGGAGGUGUCAACAAAGCGAGAUAUCAAGGCGAGCUGCAAACCGUGCCUGUUGUGCCGGUAGCUGGCAGAUACAUUUCUCUGGCCAUUGCCUUGACGGAUAUAUCUGUGACGAGCACCGAUAGCAAAAAGAGUUACAAGAUGGGUCUUCCCUUAGCCGUCAGUUUGGAUAAUGGAAGCCCUCUCAUUGCGCUGCCUAAAGAGCUGGUAGACCCCAUCUACAAGGAAGUCGGUGGAGUUUAUUCCAAGACCUACAGCUACGCCUACAUUCCUUGCAACAUGACCAAGGCCGAUUAUAAUGUGACCUUCAGUUUCUCGGGCGCCACGGUCUCGAUUCCCUUAAGCGAACUAAUUUUCGACAAUUACGCCCAGCCCGACUUCCCUGAGGGCACAUGCCUCUUCGGUAUUACCUACAGCGAAGCCGGAGUGAAUCUGAUGGGUGAUCCAUUCCUGCGUGGCGCUUACGUCGUCUACGAUCUCGCCAAUAAUGAGAUUUCGCUCGCAAACACAGACUACGAUGGGGGCGAUGAUGAUAUUUUCGAGAUUGGCACGGGAACGGCUCCUGUGCCGGAUGCGACGCUUGUACCCAAUGCUGUCACCUCGGCCACGGGUAAUGGGCCCAUUCAAACCGCUACAAACCCGGCCUCUUUGAGCUCCGGAUCUAGUGGAACAACAGUAUAUGUCACUGCUACUGCGACUGAAACUGCUGAGAAUGGUGAAGCUUCUAGCACCUCCUCUACAGGACUGGCGUUCUCUAUGAGUAAACCGAACCAUCUGCUGUCUGGGAUCUUGGGCGCUGGCUUGCUCCUUGCAGUGUAG